UCUCUCUUUUCCCCCUUCCUCUUCAGCUACUUCCUUAGUUCCUAAAUUAGCGCGCGGUAGAUUGAGUGAUUCCGAGCAAUAUAGUGGAGCCGAAGCUCAAAUCCGGCGACAUUGUGUUGUCAAAAUCCCACCUUUCUCGAUUUCUACUGCAUCCCCGCGGUUUCUCUCCUAUCCGAUCCGAUCUCCUGCUGUUUUACGGCGCCUGAUUUCGAGAGACCCACAAACCUUCGUCCCACACCCAGUGGAUGUGAGAUAUCAAGCUUCACCAUCAACAUGGCGUCGACGGACGCCUCUGUGAAGCUCGCCGGCAGCGUAAAUGGCCGAAAGGACAGCAUUUCGUCUUCCUCCGCCCUGAAAGGUUUGCGAUUCUGCUCGAUCUAUGGAUCUGGGGAAUCCCACCGUAAAAUUGAACUAACAGAUGUCGUUUUGGUUUCAGAGAUGGAAGACGAGCUGUACAACGAGCUCUGGUACGCCUGCGCAGGUCCGCUGGUUACUGUCCCGCGCGUGGGGGAGCUGGUGUUCUAUUUUCCCCAGGGACACAUCGAACAGAUGGAGGCUUCAACGAAUCAGAUGGUUGACCGGAAGAUGCCGGUCUAUGAUCUCCCUCCCAAGAUCCUUUGCCGUGUGGUGAAUAUCGAUUUGAAGGCUGAGCCCGACACAGAUGAGGUUUUUGCACAGAUAACUCUCUUUCCUGAGCCAAAUCAAGAUGAGAAAGUUGCAGAGAAGGAGCCAUUGCCGCCUCCGCGAAGGCCUCAAGUUCAUUCGUUUUGCAAGACUCUCACUGCUUCUGAUACGAGCACUCAUGGUGGUUUCUCUGUGUUAAGACGCCACGCUGAUGAGUGUCUUCCUCCUUUGGAUAUGAGUGGGCAGCCUCCAAGCCAGGAACUUGUGGCCUUUGAUUUACAUGGGAUUGAGUGGCGUUUUCGCCAUAUUUUUCGGGGACAACCAAAAAGACAUCUACUACAGAGUGGCUGGAGUGUAUUUGUUAGUUCUAAAAGGCUUGUUGCUGGUGAUGCUUUUAUUUUUCUGAGAGGUGAGAACGGAGAACUUCGUGUAAGGCGAGCGAUGAGGCAACAGACAAAUGCUUCAUCCUCGGUUAUCUCUAGCCAUAGCAUGCACCUUGGGGUCCUUGCAACCGCAUGGCAUGCUGUUACUACUGGAACAAUGUUUACUGUUUACUACAAACCAAGGACAAGCCCUUGUAAUUUCAUCAUUCCAUUUGAUCAAUAUGUGGAUUCUCUGAAGAAAGAAUAUUCAAUUGGAAUGAGGUUCAGGAUGAAGUUUGAAGGUGAGGAGGCCCCAGAGCAAAGAUUCACUGGUACAAUAGUUGGUAUAGGAGGCGUGGAUUCCAGCAAUUGGAGUGGAUCAAAAUGGAGGUGUCUAAAGGUGCGGUGGGACGAAAAUUCUUCUGUUCCUCGUCCCGAGAGAGUUUCCCCUUGGCAAAUAGAACCAGGUGUGAGUUCUCUUCCUCUUAAACCAUUGCCAGCAUCAAAACUCAAGAGACCUCGAGUUAAUGUGGCGCCGUCUUCUACUGAUUCUUCUGUUCUUACAAGAGAGGGAACAUCUAAAUCCAACACAGAGCCUUCGCAAACACAUGGGACUGUGAAACCAACAGAAAAAGAUGAUGUUUUGAAUCUUACGAAUAAUGCCUCUUAUAGAAAUGAGUCAGAUUCGAGUUCAAAAAUCAAUUUUUGGCCUACAUAUCAUGAAAAUUCUCACGAAAAUGAGGGAAAUCAAGGUUUUGUUCCGAUGUUUAGGCACGAAACUUCAUACGCCGACAUGCUAACGGGUUUUCGAGCCUCCGGUGAUUUGAACUGUUAUGGGAUUCCGUACUUUGGUGGUUCUUUUGACAAUCCAAAGUCUCUGAAGAACUAUUUUUCCAAUCAAGAAGGCGAACUUAACCAUUUUUCUUCGAUGCCUACUCAUCCUUACUUGAAUUCUGAAGAAAAGUUGCCAACAAAAAAUCAAGCAUUUUGUGGGGUUGGAGGAUACGAACUAAAGCAAGAUCACGCAUCUGAGCAGCGCUCACCAGACUGGUUUACGCGAUCAUUACCGAUUUCCAGAGCAGAAGACUUGGCGUUGACAAAUGUUACGAACUUACAGUAUUUCAAAGCUGGCCAUAACGAAUCAACUAUGUCUAAAGAAAGCGGAAAUUACAAACUUUUUGGUUUUAAUCUCAAUGACAGCCCUUCUCAAGUUAACACGUGUGAAGAGGCGGAGUUGUCUAGCGAAGGAGCUGCUAGAUUACCACAACCAAAUGUUCUCGGUGCCACCACUGUCACUGCCGGCGGUGCUGCCGUCGCCACCUCUGCCACUCAGUUUUUUGAGCAGUCUAAAGUUAGAAAAUCUAUUGAUACCAUUUCAUCGCUUAGUGACCAUGAGAAAUCUAUUCAAUCAUGUCCCCAAACUGCUAAGGUUGUGCAAAAGAAGCCUGCAACUAGAUCAAUAAGAAGCUGUACCAAGGUUCUUAAACAAGGAAUAGCGCUUGGGAGAUCUGUAGAUCUUACAAGAUUUAUGGACUAUAAUGAGCUCUUUGCAGAGUUAGAUAAAAUGUUUGAGUUUGGAGGCGACUUACUGGCUUCCACUAAUAACUGGUUGGUUGUGUAUACCGACGAUGAGGGAGAUAUAAUGCUUGUUGGAGAUGAUCCAUGGCAUGAAUUCUGUGACAUUGUUCGCAAGAUUUAUAUAUACACUAAAGAAGAGGUCCAGAAAAUGAAUCCUGGAACCUUAAACCCUCGAGCUGAAGACAUUUCUGCUUCGAGUUCCUGAUCUAAGAAUCAGAAGAAACCAGUACCCUUGAUCUGCAGUGACCUUGUAGGAGAUGAGAGAAGUUUAAAGGGCCAUUAUUGAACCUGAUAUGGCUUCUUAUUCAGCUCAAGCUUAUUGGUGAAGCCUCACUGAUCUCUGGAACAACAGCUCUCGCCUUUUGUAGAUCUCCUGUGGUUUAAAGUUUACUUUUUUUUUCUAAAUUAUAUGUAUUAAUGGUUUGUUUUUUGGUUUUUUCUUCACACAAAGCCACCUUAUUGAUCUCUUAAUUAGUGAGGACUGUAAAUGCUUGUGAUUGCUUAACAAAGUUAUGGACUUCCUUGUAUUUAUACUGG